AUGGAGUUCUUAGUAUCCAAAAGAGAUUAUAGUAGAUAUUUGAAAAGAUCUUUAUUGCUAGUUCUAGUAUGUGUAAUAGUUUUUGUGUGCACUGAUCAGGACUACUAUAGUUUACUUGGAGUAUCCAAAGAAGCAAGUAGUAGAGAAAUACGACAAGCGUUCAAAAAAUUGGCAUUGAAGUUGCACCCUGAUAAAAAUCAGAAUGAUCCAAAUGCACAUGACAAUUUUUUGAAAAUAAAUAGAGCCUAUGAAGUACUUAAAGAUGAAGAUCUGCGGAAGAAGUAUGAUAAAUAUGGAGAGAAAGGUCUUGAAGAUCAGCAGCAGGGAGGCCGUUACGAAAGCUGGCACUUCUACCGCUAUGACUUUGGUAUUUAUGAUGAUGAUCCUGAAAUUAUAACAUUGGAUAGAGGAGAAUUUGAUGCUGCUGUUAACUCAGGAGAAUUGUGGUUUGUUAAUUUUUAUUCUCCUCGAUGCUCCCACUGCCAUGAUCUAGCACCUACGUGGAGGGAGUUUGCUAAGGAGAUGGAUGGUUUGAUACGCAUCGGAGCUGUCAACUGUGGAGAUAACAGAAUGCUUUGUCGAAUUAAGGGGAUCAACAGUUACCCCAGUCUGUAUGUUUUCAAAACUGGAAUGCAACCAGUGAAAUAUUAUGGAGACAGGUCAAAAGAGAGCUUAAAGAACUUUGCCAUGCAAUAUGUUACAAGCACAGUCACCGAGUUAUGGGCAGGAAACUUUGUUAAUGCCAUUGAAUCUUCAUUUGCUUCUGGUGUUGGUUGGCUGAUCACCUUCUGUGCUGAACGUGGGGAUUGCUUGAGUUACCAAACGCGCCUUAAGCUUGCUGGCAUGUUGGAAGGUCUUGUUAACGUAGGCUGGAUGGACUGUGGCACCCAGGGUGAGCUUUGUGAUAAUUUAGAUAUCUCAUCUAGUACUACAGCAUACUUUCCACCUGGAGCCACCAUAAAUAACAAAGAAAAAGGAGGUGUUUUGUUUCUGAACUCCUUGGAUGCCAGAGAAAUAUAUCAGGAAGUAAUGCAGCAUCUGCCAGACUUUGAAAUUAUCUCUGCAGUAUCAUUAGAGGACCGUCUGGCUCAUCACCGAUGGCUACUUUUCUUCCAGUUUGGGGACAGUGAUAAAGCAAGUACACAGGAAUUUAAGAAACUUAAAUUUUUACUUAAAGAUGAACAUAUUCAGGUUGGCAAGUUUGACUGUCUUUCCUCACCAAGCAUCUGCAACAAACUGUAUGUGUAUCAGCCUUGUUUAGCAGUCUUCAAAGGAAAAGGAACUGGAGAUUAUGAAAUUCAUCAUGGAAAGAAGAUCUUAUAUGACAUUGUUGCAUUUGCCAAAGAAAGUGUCAACUCACAUGUCAUCACACUGGGACCUCAAAAUUUUCCUGACAAAGAAAAGGAACCAUGGCUUGUGGAUUUCUUUGCACCGUGGUGUCCUCCUUGUCGAGCUUUGUUACCAGAGCUAAGAAAAGCAUCAAAACAUCUAUAUGGUCAGCUUAAAUUUGGAACACUAGACUGUACUGUCCAUGAAGGACUUUGCAACAUGCAUAACAUUCGAGCUUAUCCAACAACAGUUGUGUUCAAUCAGUCUGAUGUUCAUGAAUACGAAGGACAUCACUCUGCUGAGCAGAUCUUGGAGUUUAUAGAGGAUCUUAGGAAUCCAUCAGUGGUCUCCCUAACACCAGAGACAUUUGUUGAAUUAGUUCAGAGAAGAAAACGAGAGGAAAUCUGGAUGGUUGACUUCUACGCUCCGUGGUGUGGACCUUGUCAGGCUUUAAUGCCAGAAUGGAAAAAAAUGGCCAGGAUGCUAAAUGGAUUAAUCAGUGUGGGCAGUCUGGAUUGUCAAAAAUACUAUUCUUUCUGUCACCAAGAAAGUGUUCGGGGAUAUCCUGAAAUAAGACUCUUUCCUCAAAAAUCAAACACAGCUCAUCAAUAUUAUAGUUACAAUGGAUGGCACAGAGAUUCAUAUUCGCUGAGAGGCUGGGCAUUUGGGUAUUUACCACAAGUGUCUGUAGACCUGACUCCUCAGAGUUUCACAGAAAAAGUUCUGAAUGGAAAAGAUCACUGGGUCAUUGAUUUUUAUGCUCCUUGGUGUGGACCUUGCCAAAAUUUUGCUCCUGAAUUUGAGAUGCUAGCAAAGACUGUUAAAGGAAAAGUAAAAGCUGGAAAAGUAGACUGUCAGAUGUAUGCUCAGACCUGUCAAACUGCUGAUAUCAGAGCCUACCCUACAGUUAAGUUUUACCCCUACCAAGGAACAAAGAAAAAUGUUCUUGGUGAAUAUAUAGACAGCAGAGAUGCAAAAGGUAUUGCUGAUCUUUUGAAUGAAAAAUUAGAAGCAAUUCAAAAUAAAGGAAAAAGAAAAAAACCUAGAAAUAAGGAUGAACUCUAAGUGGUACUGGAGG